CGAACGCCCACAAGACCUCAAGUUCACACAACAAUAACACGCGGACGCAGAUCUUGGCUGCAAAACACACGGUCCAACUUCAGACCUUGGCACUAAUCAAGCAGAAGCUGAUUUGUGGCCUUGAACAAAUUGUAACCCUAUAUUUUGUAGGUUAGAAAAUUUCUAAAAAUGAAGCUAGAAGUCAGAAAUAAGAAGAAACCAGCAGCACCUUCAGUAAAGACAACAGGGAUCAAGAAGAAGACCUCAGCACCUUCAGGAGUUGCAAAAAAGGUGAAGAAGGCAGCUGCUACAGAGGAAGUGAAGAAGGCCAUUACAAAGGAGGUGAAGGUCAAGAAAGUGAAUACGGCCAACCCCUCUCCAGGCGGUAAGAAAAAAGCUGCUGUAGGGUCGGCAGCGAAGGUGGUUAACAAGAGGAAGAAGGCAAACAAGAAAGCCAAUGUUGCUUCAGGAAAGACUAAAGAGACAGCAGGUGAUGCAGCCUCAAAGGGGAAAGUGGGAAUCAAGAGAAAGCAGGAGGAGAAGGAAAACAGCAGUGUAGAUGCAGGAGAAAAGAAGAAGGUUAGGAAGAAAAGCAAUGCCAGUGAGCAGAAAAGCCAGGCUGAUGGUGGGAAGCCUGGAAAGAAAGGAAACAAAGCAGGACCUAAACUGAUAAGACUACAAGGAAAACUCUCUGAAAUCUUCUGGAAUCGAAGCUUAGAAGUCAAGGCACGAACCCUUAUUGUGGCAAUGAAAGACUUUAGUGUCAACCAAAGCUCUGACCCCGUAUUUGAGAGCGCACAUCGGAUCCAAACAAAUAAACUGAAAAAAUUGAUAUUUUUGGAAUAUAAGACAAAGGCGGAGGCAAAGGCAAUGAAGAACGUCUUACAAAAGAACAAGCAGAUCAAAUAUGCAAAGUUCAUGAGCAGGGUAAGCAAAGAAGUGAAGAGACCUGAUGCCAUUAUGGUGCACCCAAAAAGGUUGUACAUUGGAAAUGUGCCUAGCGAGAUGACAAAUGCAGACCUGAAGAUGAAGUUCCCAACAGCUCUUUCUGUUAUUGUCACUCAUAGUAAAGGCAAGGCAAAAUUGAUCUUCAAAAACAGGAAAGAUGCAAAAGAGGCCUUUGAAGCAUCCUCCAGUGUCUGGUGCAAUGGUGUGAAGUUGACUGUCCUGUACUUUGUGCCUCAAAGUAAGCCUGGAGGGAUAAAGAUGAAGAGCACUGGAAAGAACACAAAGGGACAAGCCAAGAAAAAUGUGAAGGGGAAGAACACCAGUCCCAAGAAGAAGAAAAGUCAAACGACAGAGUAAUUACUUGUUAAAUGGUAGGAUGUUUUCUUUUUUUUUUUCUUAUAAUUCUGUAUUUUCCAGAAUAAAAAUACAAAAAGUAAAA